AUGGUUGCUACCAACACCCCUAUCAUAACUCACCUUCACGCCCCAACCCAUUUACCAAUUAAACUUACAUCCUCGAACUUUCCCAUUUGGAAGAAACAGGUCGAGUCUAAUCUUAUAGGUCUUGACCUCCUGGGCCACAUCACAGGCUCUACUACAGCUCCGACAAAGUACUCUGAUACAGCUCGCACUGAGAUUAAUCCCGCCUACACAGCUUGGUUCAGGCAGGAUCAAAUCAUUCAAAGUGUCAUUCUCGGCAGUCUUUCCGAUGUCCUGCAACCGGUUAUCUCGUCGGUUGCUUCUGCAAGUGAUGCGUGGACACGUUUGUCAACUAGUUGUGCCGCUACGUCGAGGGGACGUGUGGUGUCGCUAAAAGCAAAACUUGCCAAAAAUCCUAGGGCCAAUCGGUCUAUUGACUCGUACAUGAGGGAAAUGCGAGCCAUUGCCGACGAUUUGGCCCUUGCUCAAAGUCCGGUGAGCGAAGAAGACCUCGUGGUUCAUAUCACGCAACUUGGCGAUGAAUACAACCCCAUUGUGGCGGUUCUUCGCUUGCGAACCGAGACUAUCUCAUUUACUUACAAUCGAUGUGGCAGAGGGCGACACAACCAGGUGAAGAAUAACGGCAACCGGUCUGCCAGGUACUGUAAUUAUUGUGAGUAUCCAGGGCACGACACCAAAUUCUUCCGGAAACUAGCCAAGUUUUUGAAGGAGAAUGAUGUGGCUGUGCUUGAGCCGCGCAACACCGCUCGACAGUCUCCAUCGGUUCAUGCUACACCAACUGUAGCUUUGCCUACUCAGUCCUGGCUCAUGGACUCCGGAGCCUCGCAUCACACGGUCAAUGAUGCCAUGUCGCUUCACGCUCUGGCGGACUACACCGGACCAGACGAAAUCAUGCUGGGUGAUGGAUCGGCAAUAGGGAACUCCUCUCGUACAGGGUCCAGUCGUGAGUGACGUUUACAACCUCCCGGUCUAGCGGCCUCAACUUAAUGUUACCACCAAGUGUUCCCUGUCAAGUUGCCAUCAUCAG